GACUUUCGUUUUUUACACGCUCAUCAUGAAGUGGCUAGUGUUGGUUCUCCUGGCUGUGUACGUGGGUGGCGCUAUGUCUGCGUCCUGUGACACCAUGAAGAAACGCCGCUGUACCAGGGAGUACAAACCUGUGUGUGCGACCUUCACCCGGACCUUCCCCACUCAAUGUGUCCUCGAGUCAAUGAGGUGUAAACUCGCCAAACAAGGCUGGCAAUUUGACGAGAUUUUGUCCAAAAGAGACUGCUGUCAGCGGCCAAUAACCUCUGAAUUCCAUUACGUAUGUGGAUCUGACGGUGAAGUGUACAUGAAUCCUAUGGGCAUGGAAGUCGCGGCUUGCGAAAAGAGAGACUAUAUCAAGUCCGUGCCUCUCUCCAACUGCCCAAAUAUCCAUCGCCCUCCUGGCACUCUCGAUAACCCUGCCCCCAUGCCUAUGCCUGAACUUCUCCCAUGGGUAGGUGUCAUGUACUAGACGGUGACGCAAGCGCGCUUGGAAUAAAGUAUCAGAACCGUCACGAAAUUCA